UGCCACCGCCCGUCCUCUCUUCGAGUUGUGGAGCUGUGGUGUUCGGGUUGGUGGAGUUUCUCAACACUCCGUAUCUUCGCGUCUUCGCGUCUUCGCUUCUCUCUGUGAAUACCAGCGCCCUCCUUCUGAGACACGCUGCUUGUUGACGUGCAGCGGAGCCACGCGGAGUCACUCUGACGUUUAAUCACCAUGGGAGACGUGAUUUCCAAUCAUCUGGAUGAAACCAAGCGGGAGAUUGUCUCAGCUCGUACUGGGGCAGUUAUAAGAGAGUUUGAGUGUCUGCAUGCGCAGCAGUAUUCAGUGGCUCUCUUCAACAAAAUUCGCUUUGACAUAGAAGGAGGAGGAGGCCCGCAGCCCCAGCUACUACAUCGCAAGAUCCCUCUGGAAAACAAAUCCAUCUUCUCUGGCUCACUCUUUCAUUACCUCGAGGAGAACAAGAAAUGGAGGAACCGUUUUCUUUUUAUCCCAGACUCCUACAUCAUCAAAUUUUAUGACAACAAAUUGUCCCACGACAAAGGCAUCAGUCCCAAAGGAACCAUCAACUGUGCUGGCUACAAAGUGUUGACAUCCAUGGAGCAGUACCUGGAUCUGAUUAACAACAGCCUGCCUGAUGUAAAAGCUAAGGAAGGAAGUUCUCCUUUCCUGAAGUUAGCCAGUCGCUUCCCACUGAUCCUGUGGCAUCCUUAUGCCCGUCACUACUACUUCUGUAUGGCCACAGAGAAGGAGCACGAGAAGUGGCAUGCUGUUCUUCAGGACUGUGUCAGGCAUGCUAAUGAUGGUUUGGCAGAGGAGAAUAAAGUCCAAACACCGGCCUUCACUGAUGCUGUACGACUCUACCGCCAAGCUCAAGGCCACUAUGGCACCUGGGAAAUGAUGUGUGGCGUACCAUCACAGAUUCUGUCUAACCUGGUAAUGGAGGGCCUGCUUCCUGAUCUGAGGGAGCUCAUAUCCCCCCGCCUCAAAGGCAAACUGCAUGACAGGCAGAGGAACUGGAUGCUGAUCAGUGGUGCAGUAUACAGCCUGGUGCAGGGCCAGUGUCAGAGACAGUAUGAGGCCAUGCUGCAAAAGUGUGAGGCAGCCCGCUCUUCUCUGGAGGCUUCCAUACGAACAGACAUGGACCAGAUCAUCGCGUCCAAGGAGCAUGUGACCAGCAAGAUCAAAGUGGUGGUGUUACCAAAAGCCGAGAAGCUGUUGAAGGUAAGCAUUCAGCCUUACAUCAGCUCCAUACUGGAUGCCUUGAUGGAGCCAACCAGCCGAGGCUUCGCUGAGGUCCGCGAUGUCUUCUUUAGAGAGCUAGUGGACAUGAGCAAGAACACCUUCAAUGACGGCAGCAGGGAAACCAUGGCACAGCACAUGGAGAAGAUCUCCAUGCUGGCUUUCCAUCCAGUCAAGAUGCAUAGCUGCUAUGAGAAGGUGGAGAACCUGAGCCUUGAGGGUCUGCAGCAGCGGUUUGACGUGUCCAGCCCAUCAGUGUUUGUCCAAAGGGCCCAGAUCCUUAUGAGAGAGCAAAUGGACAAUGCUGUGUAUACAUUUGAGCAUAUCCUUCAUCAGAGUCUUGAGUCUCAGGGUACAGAGGAGCUGUGUAAGAUCAUCCAGCGCUGCCAGGAAAGAGUCAUUAAGAAAUUUGACUACGACAGCAGCUCAGUAAGGAAGCGUUUCUUUCGCGAGGCUCUGCUUCAGAUCUUCAUCCCUUACAUGCUGAAGCAGCUCAGCCCUGCCUGUGGCACAGAGCUGAAACAUUUCCAGGAGUUGAUCUUCGAGGAUUUUUCCCACUUCAUACUGGUGGAGAACAUCUUUGAAGAAGUGGUGCUGCACUCAGUGAUGAAGGAUAUAAUGAUGGCUGUGAAGGAGGCAGCAGUCCAGAGGAGACACAACCUGUACAGGGACAGCAUUGUCCUCAGCUGCAGUGACCCAAGUCUUCAACUCCUGGGAGAGAACCACUCUAUCGACUGGGCCAAAGAGCACGGAGGAGCCCAGGAGGAAACUGAAGGGGAAGGUAGGGAGUCGCAAAGGACAAGGAGGAUGAAGCAAGUGGUGUCCAUGAUUCAGGUGGAAGAACCCCUGCUUGUGUUGGAGUCGUGCAUGGAGGUGCCAGGUGACAUCAAGAUCCCAGAGAGGAAUGAGGGGGAAGCAGCAGAGAAGGAUGGAGAUAGAGAAGAGAAGUCAGAUGCUCAAGCUUCCCCUGACCAAAGUGGAUCUGUAAGUCCCAAAGCUCCAGAAUAUGUUCCAGUGUUGUUAAAUUGUUCUGUGUCGAAGGAGGAGGAACCAAAACCAGAGGAGCGGGUUAAAGAAAUGCCACUCUCCAUUGAAUCUGCUACAGACAAUUCUUCAGCAUUAGAGAAGAAAGAUAAAGAUGGAGACAGCCAGCCAGCACUUGAGAAACAACCACCCUCCAACCACGAGGCAUCAGAGGAGACGCUGCCCCUAGCUCCUCCUCCUGAGGAAAUUCCAGCUUCAGAGGCAACAGUUGACUUCCUCCCACCUCCACAUAAUGACAGUGGGUUCCAGUCUCUCACCAGUAAAGGGAUGGAGGAGGAAGUUGCCCUGCCCCUUGCAGUGGAGCAUGUGGAGGAGAUUAGUACUGAUUCUGCAGCAGAAGCUAACACCAAAAUUGUGGACUCUGAGUGAUAAAACUUUGUUUAAUUAAGGUUAAAGAACACAGCAGGAUUUAGUUCAGCUCAAAAUCAACAAACAUUCAAAGAUGCUUCAUAUUGUUUGAACCACAUCACUUUUCAUUUUCUAGUUCUGACCUCUCUCAGCCAAUUAAUUUCACUGAGCAGGGCUCAGGUGCUGUCGUCAUCUUAUUUUAAUUUUUUUCUUACUGUUUUUUUGUUACUGUUUGAAAUCUUAACACUAUUUGGAUGUGACAGUUAAUCCUGAACUUUCAUUCAUCAUAAGUUCUAUUUUUUUCUUCUCACCUGGUACGACUGUGUGGACUGUGGUGGACGACAAGUCUCCAAUGGUUCUGAUAGAAAUACUGUUGGUGACUGUCUUGUGUGGCCUUCAGUAAGAUUUAUUGACAUGUGUUUUGUGUCAGUGUUGUCUGUACUAAAGUAAUUUCACUGAGGUGAUGGGCAUCUGGAACCAAGAUGUGUUUGUCCUAACAAAGAUAGCUUUCAUAAAUGACCAAUCUGUCUUUUUACAUAAUUUUAUAUCAUUUCAGCAGUGCCUUCACUGACCCCCUGUUUUAAUUUAUUAUUUUGCACCUCCCUGUCUUUUUGGACCUGUUUUCUUUUAGAUUUAUUUUACUCUUGUUUACAAAUGACUGUUAUUGAUAAUAAAUCAUUCUCCAAUAAAUAUUAUCUUUUUGUA